AGCAUUGCCUCCGUUUCAAACGAGAGGAAGGAUGCAUUUGCAGAGCGCGGCCUUCUCUGCCGCUCGUCCUCCGCUGCCGAUGCUGAGGGCCGGCAGUAAUCUGCCUGAUGGUGGUCAUUGUAGCGUACCAACCGUCUCCUCCUCAUCCUCUUCUUCUUUCUCGACGGAUCUGCCACCGUUUCUCCCGCGGAUCCGUCCACUAUCCUGCCGUCCUACGCGUUUCUUCCUCACGCCUCGCUUGGCCAACCAGAAAUCCUCGCUCGGUCUCACCACUGUGGUGAAGGCUGCAGAAGACGUCGCCGCCGCCGCGGCCGGGGGCACGGAGAACCAUGGCGAGGCUGCGGUCUCCUCAUAUGGUUCGAGUUCCACGAGCGGGAUGGUGAAGAAGCUGCAGCUGGGGUUCCUAUUCGGCCUCUGGUAUCUUUUCAACAUCUAUUUCAACAUCUACGACAAACAGGUUCUGAAGGUAUAUCCAUUCCCAAUAACCAUCACGACAUUCCACUUCGCCAUAGGGACUGUGCUUAUUUGGUUGAUGUGGGUGACUAAUCUAUACAAGAGGCCUAAGAUCUCUUCUAAACAGCUUGCAGCAAUUGUUCCCUUGGCUAUCGUGCACACUUUGGCAAACCUUUUCACAAACAUGAGUCUCGGAAAAGUUGCUGUUUCAUUCACUCACACAAUAAAGGCACUGGAGCCAUUUUUCACAGUAGUUCUUUCUGCCAUGUUCCUUGGAGAGCUGCCUACUCUAUGGGUUUUGAUUUCUCUUGUUCCAAUUGUUGGCGGUGUUGCUAUGGCAUCUCUAACUGAAGCUUCAUUCAACUGGGCUGGAUUUUGGAGCGCAAUGGCAUCCAACCUUACCAAUCAAUCUCGUAAUGUUCUCAGCAAAAAGAUCAUGGAUAAAGAUGAGGAAACGAUGGACCACAUUACUCUCUUCUCAAUAAUUACAGUCAUGUCAUUUUUCCUGUUAGCGCCUGUAUCCCUAUUGGUUGAAGGAAUAAAAUUUACUCCAUCAUACAUGCGGUUUGCUGGUCUGAAUCUCAAAGAGGUAUAUGUGAGAUCGUUCCUUGCUGGUGUUUGUUUUCAUGCUUAUCAACAGGCUUCAUACAUGAUAUUAGCCGAAGUAUCACCUAUCACACACUCCGUUGGAAACUGCGUUAAACGCGUGGUGGUUAUAAUCUCGUCAGUUCUCUUUUUCAGGACACCAGUUUCACCUCUUAAUUCUAUUGGAACUGGAGUGGCACUCAUUGGUGUCUUCCUAUACUCGAGGGUGAAGAGAACCAAGUCCAAAUCUGCUUGAGACUUUGUUCUGGUGUUCCUAGUGGUGGCACCAUCUUUCCACCUCGAACAGUUUGGUAAGGCAGCAGGAUUUUGUGUUCUUUUCUGCUGGCUCCAUUGCCAAAGUUCAGAGGCAAAUUAUGCUAAUUGCCAUUUGCCUAUAAAAUUAAUACACACUUUUGUAUCAUUACCAAGUUUUUUGUUUGUCACAGUGAUGUUUUGGAUCUUAAAGAUUUUCCAGUAGGGGGAUAA